ACUGAGGGUUAUGUGAGUUGUCAUUAUUUACAUUCACCUGAAUAAAAAAAAAAGUUUAACUCAUCACUUUUCAACACGAAACAUGAUCCUCAAUUGCAUUUGUUCCCGCAUCAAAUCCAUCUUUCUGACAUUUUUGGGUCUUUUUAAACGUGCCCUAUGUAUCAUUAAUCGACGACGGCCCUCCGACAGUCAUUUCGAGCCAUUAGAAACAAUAAGUAUAGUUCGAACGAACAACUACAGCAACACAAAGGAAAAAGAUUGGAAUACAUGGGACGACACGCCACGAACAGUCGAAGAGCACAUUGAAAAAUAUCGCGAAAAGUUAGCGAAACCCCCAACGCCGACAGAAGUCGCUCAAGAACCGGAUUUCUUCGCAAUGGAAGGUCUCGUACCGAAAAUCAUAAAACAGGAAAAAAUCUUAAUCGCCACAAAUGAUAAUGAAACGCCGCAGAAUAAUAAUUUUUCACGUUUACAAGCUACUGCCGAUAUCGCUGUGAAUAGCGAACUUAAAGACUGGGAAGAACUUGAGCAACAAGGAUGGGAAGAAGCUGAUGACGAAAGUACAAAACAGAUGAUCCGUGAAAAGCGUAAAGAGCUUCGACAUCAACAGAGACAGCAACAACAGGGAGCUUAUGGCGGGAGACGAUAGUUUCAUCCUAAUUUUAAAUUUAUUUUUAUUCCUACAUUCACUCAAAAAUACCCUAAAAAUCAAUUUUUUAGUCAGAUACGAUGUGCAAUUCCAUGUUUUGUUUGAAAUAUGAGAGUUAUGUUCACGAAUUAAUAAAUAAUUUGU